AUGUUCGACACUCAUUUUCCAGACCCUACACGGGAAACUGUCGGUCAGAGAAAAUCGCGGAAAGAGAGUAAGGCCAGCGGAUUAUCAAGAGGUUCAUCACUGAGAAGUUCUCAAUCAUCAGGGUCUGCUUCGGCUGCCAAACCAAGUCUAUUAAAUUUGUUCAGCAGUGGUUCCGGUAGAAAAGGCAGUUUGACACGAAAUAAUUCACAGUCCAAGCUUUCCGUUCUCAGGGCGAGCGAAGCGAGCAAAUCUUCAAGACGAAUAUCAAGCUACACAGUUGCAUCAGAUCCCUCUAUACCAGUUUCAACAGCGCCGAGUAGUAAUGAGAGACCUGGUAUUGGUGUGCUUGCGCUAUCCGCAUUCGACACCGAUGCUGAUUUCUCCGGACAAUCAGAACCGGCUGAAUCUGUCUUCUCGGGAUGGACCGUACGUUCUUCAACUACGGAAUCUUCUUGGGGUUCUGUAAUGAACUCCCCUAGAAGCAAGUUUCUUUUCAAUCAGCCAUUAAGCCCACGCUCGCUUAUUUCAAGGACACCGGAAGAGUCAAUAUCACCACGAGAUAGUGUCAACCUCUCGGAACAAGUAGCUAAUGUUGUUCAUAUCUCUACCGUUGAGUCAGUGCCGGUGCAAGUAGAUAGCUCGACCAGAGUAAAACGAACAUCCACGACAUUUGAAUUUCCAGUCCCAUGUUUUGACAUUUCUGAGAAUGUCUUCACAACAACUACCAAUCCACCGACCCCACAUCCACAAACUCCACAUAAACCACGUCCACCGCCACUGCCGCUGUCACAGCCAAGUUCCUAUCAACAAGACUCGUGGAACCCACCCUCAAGCUGGGAUCAUUCACGGGAAACCAAUACGUCGACAAUAAUAGUACCACGACUUCAACAACCUCCCUUCCGCUCUGCCGAAAGACGGCGAAGGCCGGCCAAGCUAGGCCGCUCCCAAAUCCAACGAAGCAUACGACGUAUGGAAGCAGCCAGUUCCAAAAUCAUUCUCGAGCGCUUGAAAGAAGAGUGGAUGGAGGUAGCUGACGCCUCGGUCUACCGAGAACUCGAACUCGAAAAGCAGCGAUGGAUGUUAUUUGCGCUUCGAGAUCUCAAAACCACCCGUCUCAGUGGUUGUGAAGACUCGAGGACUAUUCAAGUAUCAACAAGUGGUGCCACGAAAGUGUUAUCAUUGUAUGAGAAUCAUGCCUCAGCAUCGUUCCUCUCCGCCCUCUCCGACCCCAUCACAGAAGUCCAUCACCUCCACCCAAAUCCCUUAUCAACCAAAUCUUACCCUAACACCAAACCCUUCACAAUACAGGAACCCACUAUCCAACUCCCCUACCCAGACAACUCAUUGACAUCCAUCCAUGCCUUCUCCCUCCCGACCCAAUUCCCCGCCUCCUCCAUCCCCACUAUCCUAAAAGAAUGCCACCGGCUCCUCUCCCCCAACACGCCCUCUUCACAGUCCACCCUCCACCUGACCCUCAUCGACCCCCUUCCCAUCUCCUCCACUCUCGGCCCCCUCCUCCGCACCUGGCUCGAAGACCACCUCAUCUACAACCUCGAACGCCAAUUCCUCUGCAUCACGCCUUCGCGGCUGUUUCCCAUGUGGCUCCAAGAUGUCGGGUUGCGCGCAGAAGGCUCAAUGAUCCUGACCGUCCCAUUCCUCGCGUCUAUCAAUACUAUGGAAGCGGAGGCGAUUUUGCGGGAUACGAACCAGGGGACUGGAAUCGAUAAGACGGGAAUUGUGAAACAGGAGCUGAAAAGUGUGGUAGGACGCAUGUUGUGGAAGGAGAGAUGGGGGGGUUUCGUGCAGGCUAAGAGGUGGUGGUGGGAGGAUGAGGAGAUUGUGGGGGAGUGUGAACGAUUGAGGACUUGUUGGGAGUAUUCUGUUAUUGAUGCUGUGAAGGAGGGGUAG